AUGCAAGUUCCUGCGGUGAUGAACUCCACUGCUUCGCCAAUGAAUGCCACUGUGAUGGCGGGAAAUGCCACCGACGCGGGUGGUUCAAUCAUCCCCGGUCUCCCGAGCAUCUUCCCGAAGCCUUCAUCCGGUGGUAGUGGACCUGGUUCAGGGUUCCCCAAAUUCCCCUUGCCGAACGUCACGCCCUCGGUAAACCAAAGCUGUGUCGCUGGAAUCAAGAGCCUUUUCGCCGCGGCGCAAGACUCAGAAGGACAACCUAUGCCCCGAGAGAGGGUCUCCUGCUUCAAGCCCUACACCAAGGUUCCAGACGGGGAGAAUUUGGUCGUAGCCUCGGUCGAUGCUGCCACUAACGUUACUGCUAGCAUUUCGCAGGCGUUAGGAACCCUUUAUCCGCAAAAAAGGGUUUUUUCGCCAAUUCCAAACCCCUUGGCCCCUUUGAAAACCCCCUUGGGGUUUUAA